GCGGAUCGCUCCCGAGUCGGUCGCGUCCAUUGUUGUGUUAACUAGAUUGAAGGGUGUGCAGCAACGAUUGAGUGCGUUAAAGAUCGUGGCGGCGUGUGGUCGCUUUGCAGGCCCGCGCGUCGUCUGGAUCGGCACGGAUAUAUCGAUAUGGGCACUGACUCGGCACAAGCGGAGCCCGCGUGGUCACCGGGACCAAAUAGUACACAGCAUCAGGAAAGAUGCUUCCUAGCACCGUCGGCCCCGGUGCCGCUACCUGCUCAUCACAGAUGGACGUCUCAUUGUAUACCUACAGGCAAAUCGAUCAACAAUAAAGACGCACUAGAAGACAAGAAGGAUGACAACGAACUGUGGGAGGCGCAGGCCGCCUUCCUCGGCCCCAACCUCUGGGACAAGACGCUCCCCUAUGACCCCGAUCUCAAGGUACAAGAAUACGUGGACCUGGAUGAGUUCCUGUCGGAGAAUGGCAUGCCGGGCGAGGGUUUGGGCGGCGCGCACCUCAGUAGUUCGGCGUUCGGCGGCGGCGCGGGGCUCGCGCUCGGCCUGCCCGCGCCGGUUACCAAGCGCGAGCGCUCCCCCUCGCCCUCCGACUGCAUGAGCCCAGACACCAUCAACCCGCCGCUCUCACCCGCCGAUUCCAGUGGUGUUUCAGCGUUUUCGAUGGCGUCGUCGGGGCGCGACUUUGAUCCGCGGACGCGCGCUUUCUCCGACGAAGAACUGAAGCCCCAGCCCAUGAUCAAGAAGUCCCGGAAACAGGUAAAUGAAUUCGUGCCCGAUGACCUGAAAGACGAUAAGUACUGGGCCCGCCGGCGGAAGAACAACAUGGCGGCCAAGCGGUCCCGUGAUGCGCGACGCAUGAAGGAAAAUCAGAUCGCCAUGCGAGCCGGAUACCUCGAAAAAGAGAACAUGGGGUUGCGGCAAGAAGUGGAGCUACUAAAGAAGGAAAAUCACAUCCUGCGUGAAAAGUUGUCCAAGUACGCGGACGUAUAGGCAACCCUCCACCACUCGCAUAGCACAAACAC